GGAUGUUCAUGUUCCCCUCACGUCAUUUAAUAAUCUACUCCUUAAUGACCAAACAUUUUCAAUCUCCAUAUAUCCUACUUAAAAUAUUUCAAUAUAGAUUCCGUACCCACACCGACUCCUCAGUUCAUGCAAAAAAUAUACCCGCAAUUCUGUGCUGAAGAAAGAAUAAUAAUCUGAAAUCCAGCAAAUAAAUAUGAAUUAUCGUCUUCUAUUGCCCUUUGCUGCUUUUCUCGUGCCAGUGAUAUUGGGCAUCACAAUUUUCCAGCUCGACUCGUUCGACCCGGCGGCUUACCCGGCUGACCAGCUCAGCCGGAAAAAGCCGGUGUCGGCCCCGAGCCGCAACCGUCGCAUGUUUCAUGGCUCCGAGAAGAUAGGAGUGGGGCGGGUGUGGGGCCCGGAGGACAUCUUGUACGAUCCCGAGACGGGAGUCAUUUACACCGGGUGUAUGGAUGGGUGGGUCAAGAGGGUGACGGUCAACGAGUCUUCCGCCGCCGACUCGGUGGUGGAGGACUGGGUCAACACCGGCGGCAGGCCGCUUGGACUCGCGCAUGGGCAUCACGGCGAAGUCUUAGUUGCUGAUGCUGAUAUUGGACUCCUAAAUGUGACAAGAGAGGGUAAGGUGGAAUUGCUGACGGACGAGGCGGAUGGAGUAAAGUUCAAACUAACGGACGAUGUAGCUGUUGCAGAGGAUGGCAUAAUCUAUUUCACGGAUGCAUCCUGGAAAUACAGUCUUAAGGAUUUUGCUUUUGAUUUUCUUGACGGAAGACCCUACGGCAGAUUUCUAAGUUAUGAUCCCAGCACAAAGCACACCAAAGUGCUAGCCAAGGAUCUGUUCUUUGCCAAUGGUGUUGUUGUCUCUCCAGACCAGAGCUUUGUCAUUUUUUGCGAAACUCCGUUGAGGAGGUGCAAAAGGUUAUACCUGAAAGGGGAAAGGAAGGGAAGUGUGGAUGUUUUCGUUGAGGACUUGCCAGGGAUGCCCGACAACAUUCGAUAUGAUGGAGAAGGUCACUUCUGGAUUGCACUUGUCACAGACUUCACAUUGAGUUGGGAGCUUGCACAAAAGCAUCCAUUUAUGAGGAAACUUUUGGGAUUGAUGGAGAGGUAUGGAAGGAGACCGGAAAUGGAGAAGGAUGGGGGAGUUUUUGUGGUCGACUUGGAAGGCAAUCCGGUGGCUCACUACAAUGAUCGUCAUUCCUCACUCGUCUCAACCGGAAUCAAGAUUGAUAAUUAUUUGUAUUGUGGUUUUGUAACGUCUAAUUUCAUAUUCAGGCUCAAUCUCACUCAAAAUCUGGUAGUUUCAAGUUGAUGAUGCCAUCGGGCCAGAGCCGGAACUAUGAACUAUGAAGUGCCGUUAAAUAUUUAUUUAAGUAUUAGAGAAACAAUGUUAUUACUUGGACAAUAUACACAAAUGUACUUAUUGGGCAUUUAAGGCUUGAUGGGUAGUUUGCACAUUAAUUUGGCUCACAAAAUGGUGCAUGCAAAUUUAGAGAAAUAAUUAGUGUGCAUUUAAAAUAAAAGCACAUUGUUUUGUUAUAUGUGUAAUUUAUUUUUAAAUUACACACAAGGUCAUUAGUCAUUACAACAUUCUAUAAAAGCAUAUAAGAUAUUUUACAUGGUAUAAUGAGAAACAUUUUAAAAAGUAUUUAAAGUUUAUUCAAAAGAAUAAACCAAACGAUGUAACAUAGUACGGAGUAUUUAUUGUGCAUCAUAUCUUGUAAACGCCCUCUUAGAGUAAGUGUGAUUAGAUCAAAACAGUUAUGAAAUUUAAGAUUAAAUGGACUAAUCUAAUUUUAAAAAAAAAAGAUUAAAUGGACUAAUGAGAAAGAAAACUGAUUUUCUUUGUAUAUCCUUCUAAAACGAGGUAAGGGUCAGAUUGGUACUCGAACUUGCAUAUAGGAGGCUCUUUCCGGC